AUGUAUACUGAAUGGACUUCUUUGACAAAUCAGAUUACAUCUAAUGUUAAUGGUUCCCAAUCACAAUCAACUUUGAAUAAAUUCAGUCCAUUAAUAUCUCGUGAUGUUACCUUUGCCUUAGUGAAGCAAUUGGCUGGAACUCUUGGAAUAUCUGGGCCAGCAGAACCAUCAAAGCUCUCAUCAGAUCAAGAUGUUUCCUUUUGUAUGGAUGUUAUAUGUUUUGGUCUAUCACUCCCACUUACAGACCACGAAAUAAUUAAAGAUUGCGUAAAUCUUUAUUGCGAAUGGUUAAGUGUCACCACAUCUCCCAAAAUCGCAGUUCCAAAGCCUAUAUUAGAUGACCCAAAUAUUUACACGCGUAAAAUUAUUGGUCAUUUGCAUAAUUUAUUUGUUCCGAGACACGGUGAAGUCGUGCCAUUCCUUUAUCAGGAGAACCUAGGAACUGAUGUCAUUAAUCGACAAGCAGUUCUUUGUCAUCGUGUGUUAAGAACAAUUCAAAAUAUUGCACAACAUUCAUCAAUUUUGACACGUGAAACUUGGGAGUCAAUCUUGCUAUUCUUGCUAGCAAUCAAUCAAUUAUUGUUAUCACAUCCUACAUGCGAUGUUGGAGAUCAAUUAUGUGAACGGGUUUUAAGUGUUUUAUUUGAGGUCUGGAUAAUAUCAUGUUUUAAAUGUUUUCCGUCCCCAUCGCUUUGGAAAACAUUUCAAGAAUCGUGUUCAAACUGGCGACAUCGAAUGGCUUUAGUAGAGCAAUGGAAUCGAGUUAAUUUGGCUCUAACUUCUCGCUUACUUGAAUUUAUGUAUGGACCAUCAUUUCCGGAAUUGAAAAUUCCAGAUGAAGAUAAUCAAUUGAUUCCAUUAGAAAUGACAAAUGAUUGUGUUGCACAGGUUUGGUACAGAUUUGUAAGAAUCAUGGGAUCUCCAACAGCUCUCUGCUGUCCUCAAGUUAUAAGUCAUACGCCAGCAUUCAUGCAACAUGUAUUAUUGCGUGAAGAUUCAAUUGAGCCACAUCAGCAUCCUUGUUUGUUGUUACUUCCUCAAAUUUUCUUAAAAGCAAUGAAAGGAAUUUCAAGUCAAGUUGAUGCCUUUUUAGGUAUAUUUUUGCCCUUUUCAUGGGGAGAAGGAGUCAUAAUUGACAAUACAAUCAGCACAAUUAACCAAUCUAACACAACACCAGGUUCACAUCAGCGCACGGCAUCAGUAAAAAGUGGCGCUGAUCAAAAUGCUACUAACAGUAGUAAUGCAGCUGGUGAAGGGAGUAGUAAGAAUCUAGGUGCCGGAUUAAUGGUCACAUCUGAUCAUCCGCACUCUUCUCCAACUCCGCCUCUUCAAAGGCGUCUAGCGAAAAGUUUUUCAGUUGCUCCAUCACAUUCACAAUCAAAGGGGCUUUCAAAAGGUUCUUUGAUAAGCUUAACGAGUAGUCGAUCAACAAGCAUAAAUACCGUAAUGGCAACUAAUUCUGGACCUUCAUCGAAUACGUCUAUUACAUCAAUUUUGUCGAUUACAAAUGAGAAUCGUCAACCUUUAGCAGUAGCGAGGCCAAAGUGUAACAGUAUUUUGCAUUUGUUCGGAGAAUGGUUGUUUGAUGCAGCUCAUAUUGGUAGCGAAAUGUGGCUUCACUCGUUGAAAAAGCAAGCAAAUGAAGCAAGUCGUAGACCAAGUUCAAUGAUUAUUGACAAUAAGCGUGGGCUAUCAACAAUAUCUCAACCAGCUUCUUUGGAACCUACUGAUAUGCCAAAUGGUUUGACUAUCGAUAAGUAUGAAAGUGGAAAAGCAGAAUCGAUCGGUGCAUUAUGUAGAAUAUUUUGUUCUAAAAAGACUGGAGAGGAGAUACUUCCAGUUUAUCUUGCAAGGUUUUAUCUGGCUCUGCAACAAGGAUUAAAGAUAAUCGAAAAGAGUAAAGAGAUUGAAGAGACCUUAGCAAGUAUAUUGUUUAAUUCUGCUGAUCUUUUCCGUUUGGACUUGGAUGGAGUGCAUGUUUUGCUUCCACAUUACAUUGCUGCACUAGAAGUUGUUUUACCUGAGAAAGAUUUGAAGAUUAGAUCACAUAACUUGGUAUUUAAUAAAAUUGAAGUUCGACGUGCUUCAAUUCAAAUUUUGCUGUCAAUCUUGGCACUUCCACUUCAUUAUCAGAAUCUUCCAAUCAGAGAUAUUGCUGGAGGAUCAAAUGAUAAGGUCACAACAUUUGGACAGUUAAAACCACGUUUAAUUAACAUUUUGAUGAGUGGAUUACAAGUUGAAACAGAUUCUCAAAACACUCACAUGCUUCUUGGUGCUUUACUUCUUUGUGUUCAAGAUUCUGUUAUUCAUGAAGAGCUUGAUGGUGCAUCUUCAGAUGUUCAAUCAUCUUCUGCACCUGAGACUAAUUUAUUAAGCUCGGCUUGUUCAGAACGUAGUUCAUAUUCCGUUGCUAGUAAAACAUCAAAUUCAAGCUAUGGAGGGAAUUCAAGCACGGCAACUUUAAGUAAUGAGCCGACAAGUUUAUUAUCUGAUGAUAUGAUGCCAGAGGACUUUGAAAGUGGACCAUACGAUAAUGCCCAUGCCUUAUUCGUUAGAGCAACUUAUUUAAGUUGUCAUCGAUUAAUUUCCUCGUGGAAAACAGACUUGAAUGUCUCAUUAGCAGCACUCGAACUUUUAUCAGGACUUGCAAGAAUGCAAAUUAAAGAUUCUGAUGCACUCGAAUGUAAGCGUGCUGUAAAAUGGAUAUGCGACUAUAUUUGUUAUCAAUGCUCUCGUCCACCACCGAGCCAUAGCAAGGAUUUACACAGUACAAUCGUAGCAGCAUUUCAAUGUACUUCGAUUUGGCUCAUUCAGCAUCCUUAUCUUUUGCAAGAUAGAGAUAGCUUGACAAACGUAUUGGAAGUAAUAGAGCUUGGAAUUUCCGGUUCAAAAAGUGCGGGAAAGAUAGACGAACCAGUCAAGCUAAUGGAUGAGAAGGAAUUAAAACCAGUUUCAAUACGAGUACGCGACGCAGCUGAAACAUUAUUGACGAUUGUACUUGAGCAAGUUGGGUAUUUCCCAAAUCCAUGCGGAAUACAAUCUACUUCAUCAUUGUUGGACGAGUUUACGCUGAUAAAGCAUUGCAAUAGUGGUGGAAAUCAAGAGCACGCAAUACAAAAGUUCCGCUACUUCGUUACAGAAAACUCAACAGUAUUAGCAAUUCUUGAUGAUCAAAUCGGAAAUUCCGAAGAUUCGCAGCCAACUGUCACAUUGUUAUUGAGAACAUCAUUUGGUCGGAACGCUUGGACAGCACAGUUGCGUCAUUUACCUAGAAGUAAAUCAGGAACAAAAUAUCAUGCAGUUAAUCCUGGCCGUCCAAUCGCAAUGCAUGAUAUGCCAAUGAGGCAUGAAAUAGAACAAAAAUAUUUCCCUGAUACUGUCGAAAAGGUGUCUCCUUGCAUUGCUGACUAUUCUAUUCCAACAAUCGAUCAAGUUAUUCAGAAAGUGGGAAAUGAGUCUACAAAGCAGUUUUCCAAAUUAUUAGAAGAACAGCUUGUGCUUGAAAAACUAUCGUGGGCUCAAACAGAAUGCUCUGCUGAUGGUUUGGGUCAUGCGCAAGAAUCUAUUGCACCACCAGUAUCACAUGAAUUUCAAGCAGCACGUCUUUUCUUAUCUCAUUUUGGAUUUUUAUCGUUUGGUGACAGUUCUCAAAAAUUAAAGGAACCAUCAAUGCUUUCUCCAUCACUUAUUGUUUUGGAUUCGAAGAAGGCAGGUUUUGUUAAUGAUUUAGGAGUUUUAGACAAAAUGAGUCCUCGCACAUGUGACACUGUUCAUAUUUUUUAUGUCAGAGUAGGACAAACUACUCAUCAUGAAGUCAUAGAGAACAUGAAUGAGGAAAAUAUUGGAUCACUUGAUAAUAAUUUCUGGCAAAUGAUUCAAUCACUCGGAAAAGUUGUAGAAAUUGAUGAACAUUGUGGUUGGACAGGAUUUAUAAAUACCAGCUGGAAAAUAAAUAACGUGACAAAUAUGAAGAAAAAUCGGGGAGACUUUCGAGUUGGUGAUUUAAAUUAUAAUGGAGAGAAACGAGUGAUUUACUGGGCUGAUGUUUCAUCAGAAAUUGCUUUUGUUGUUCCUAAUCGUUGGAAUCGUUUAGAAAUAGACAUUGGAGAUGGUUCAUGUCUUUCUUCAACACAAUCAGCGGAAGUGUACUUUGAAAGAAGUGUUAGCGAGCAACCGAAAAAUGAUAAAAUGUUUGCUGCUCAAAAUCCACGAGCAAUGUCAUUUGAUGAAAGAAAUCAAGCAACUAAAGUAAAUGAUCCGAUUCCUCCAGCUAGGAGAAGGACAGGAGCUAAAUUACCUUGUUGGAACCCAUCUGCAAAAAUUUUGUUAGUUUGGCUGGAGUCAUUUGAAGAUCAUUUAACUUUCCCCGUCGAUGAUCUUUUAACCUAUACUCGAAUUGGUGAAGAUGCUUAUCAUGGAAAUUCUCAGCAAGCUCGCUCUAAUGAAUGUUAUAUAAUAUUUCUUCAUCCAUUAAGCUCUGGAUUACUUCGUAUAAAAUUGCAAGCACCACCCGGCAGGAUGAACUUCGCAACUCCUUUAGUUGAUGGAAUGGUCGCAAACAAACGAAUUAUUGGUGCUUUAAUACGUCAAACUGCAUACAAUAUGGCAAAAAGAAAGCGUUUGGAUAGUGAUUCCUAUCAACCACCUCAUGUUAGGAGACGUCUCAAAGUUCAAGACAUGGUAUUAAAAUAUAAAAUGGACUUGACUGAACCAGAACUUCUUACGCAUUUAUUUUUAAAUUCAUAA